GUGACGUCAGCACACGACUCUGGCGUCAUCACGUAAAACGUGUAGCACUGAAGCAACAUGGCUCUGAAUGGAGAUGAUGAGGAUUUUGAGUGGGAGCCUCCAACAGAGGCAGAGAUGAAGGUGAUUCAGGCUCGCAGGGAGCGACAAGAUAAAAUCAGUAAGCUGAUGGGAGACUACCUCCUCAAAGGAUACAAGAUGCUGGGAGACUGCUGUGAUGUGUGUGGGACGAUUCUUCUUCAGGACAGACAGCAGAAAAUCUACUGUGUCUCAUGUCAGGAGCUUGACUCAGAUGUAGACAAGGACAACCCUGCUCUAAAUGCACAGGCGGCGUUGUCUCAAGUAAGAGAAAGACAACUUGCAGCUCAGUCACCAACACCAUCCCAGGCUCUUGUUGUAAAUGGAGGGCCCAGCAGCAGUCAGCCGAGUGUUACAGUUCCCAGGCCAGAGCACUGUGAGGGGGCUGCAGCAGGAGGAAGAGCCACUCUGCCUCCAGCUGCUGUCCCCUCUCCUUCACCUCCUGCCUCCACCUCAACCCUGGCACCUGCUCGUCCUCCAAUUAUUCCACAGAGUGCUGCCAUCCAACCUGUGCUGCAAGAAGCAGAGGAAGCUGUUCUAACCAAACUUCGCUGGGCCACUAACCAGCUACAAAGUUCAUCCUCACUGGAGAUGAGCAUUCAGCUCUGCAGCCUCAUCACCAGCUGUGCCAGCUCACUGCGCAGCCUCAAGGAGCUCAGCCAGUAGCCUUCUUCAGAAACAUUAAAACCAUGGAUUAACAGGAACAGUGUUCCUAUUUGCCUCUGUCCUGGAGCACUGACUCUGGUUUGCUGCUUUGCAGCAUUUCUAUGACUGAUUUCUUGCAUAAAAGUGAAUUCAAAAUUGGUCAAAAGUUGCACUUGAAGUAGGAUUAAAACUUGCCCAUGUUGCUCUUCAGUUAACAGACUUGUACAGCUGGCAGAAAUUUUAUGUUACAUGGUUUUGUAUGUUAAGGUAACAGUUUUCAACAUAUGGCUGGUUUAAUCCAUUUAUGAAUUAUGCUAAAAGAACAGAACAUUUUAAAUGCAUCUGAUCAUCUAUAUUGACUUAAACCUGAAAGGCAGAUAAAACAUUUAAAAAUAAAACCAUCUUCACUCAACAGUAAAAGACAGCUAACAGUAUUUCUGUAGCGGAUUUCCUUUAAAUAAGUCAUAGUGGCCACCAAAUUGACAUAAUUUGAUUUGUUUUGGUUCAGUAGAAUCUAAAGCAUGGUGUCAGUUUUGCAAAUUACACAUUUUUUGUAAACUGAAUACCCAGUUUGCACAUGCCUGUUUAGUUCUGUAUCUCAAGAAAUGUGACUUGACCAGACACAAUAAAUUACCAGACUGUAAGUGCUAGGUCAUUUGUUUAGUCUGAAACUUGUAUGUUGUCACUGACCCUCUGCUAAUGGGAAGACUCAGUUUUCUGGCUGCUCUGAGGUUUUAUUGUAAAUAAUCAGAUACAUGAUGGAGAUAAUAGACAUGUUUCAGUGACAGAUUCUAGUGUCAGACACAUACUGCUUUAUCCAUUAAACCAUUUAAAGCAAAUGUGUGUGCUGUUCAAGCCAAUUAGUUUUAAAAACUGUUUGAGUAAAGCUUUGUCUGUACAA